CUCCGUAUUCUGAAGUGAGAAAUUGUCAAUACAGUUUGAUUAAAAAGAAAAUGUUUUCAAAACAAAUAUUCGUCUAUAAAAAUAAUGCUUACGAUAGAAAAAAUACGGUUCGAAUAAAAAACCAAAAAUCAACAUAUUUUAAACAACUUAAACUGAACAUUAUAGCAUUGAAAUUAUUUGGAGUAAUGCCACUCACUGAAGAUGAAAACGGACCCAAAUUUAAAUUAUUCUCUUGGAUCAUGCUGUAUAGCUUUUCAAUUUUUGUUUGCCUGAUUUGUUUAUUAUUUAACAAAUUAUAUGGAGAUUACAGAUAUUAUUCUGAAUCAUCUGACUUAGAUAUUUUCAAUUUUACAUCUAGAAUCGCAGGAUCGGCAAUGACACUAGUCGUCUUUACUAUUCCCUUUUUUUGGAUGGAUAUGAAAAAUAUACCGAAUUAUUGGAAUCGAUGGAAUAUUUUUGAGGAUAAAUUUGAAUCGUGUAUGCGGAAACCUCUACACUUGAAUGUAACCAAACGAUCAUGGAUCGUAACAAUAUUACCAAUUGUUCUUAUAACGUCUAAUAUAGGAAUUUCUGUGACCUUAAUUAAAGUGUGGAAAGUAGCUAAUUCUAUUUUGUUCAUAACUAUAUUUGCUAUCAUAAAUUUAUCCGUUGGAUAUUUUCAUAUCAAUUGCCAUAUAUUUCGAAACAUCAGCAAAGACAUAAACCAACGUUUAAUGGAAUUAAUUGUAACCAAAAAAUCAGCUAUUAAGUUUAGAGAACACGCAGAACUUUGGUGUUAUAUGUCACAUAUGAUAACAGACUUUGGUAUUGUGCACGGUGGUAUGUUUUGUUCUACAGCAAUCGUUAUGUACAUAUCCAGUACAAUCACUUUGUUUGUUGUGUUCAUGAUACUAAUAAGUCCGGAAAGUUACAAGGUUUCGCCCAUAUUAUUGCCGGCUACAUUUUCCAGUUCUAUUCUUAUGAUUUACAGCGAAUCUGCUUACACAGCUUUAUCUGAGAUAGGACCAAAAUUACGGUGGAAAAUUUUGAAUUUGAUUGUGUGUGGUGUUGUGGAACAAACGCAAAGAGAAGUUCAAGAUUUCUUAGAAAUAAUUCAACUUUGUAGAACGAAUAUUACUUUUGGAGGUUAUUGUAACGUUAACAGAGAACUUUUUCUUAACUUUUUAUUUGCUGUCAUUUUUAAUCUAAUCGUUGCAUUUCAAUCUCAAAUACUCCCAAAGCAAUUAGUGUCAUCGGAAUGAAAUUAAAUGAAUAAUUUUGAAGACAAUUUUUGUUUUUCUGGUAUUGGGUAAAGUUAAUAGAAUAAAGAUUGAUUAAAUUGUAUAAAGUAAUUAUUAUUAUUACUAUGUAUUUUAUCCCAUACACACAUUGGU